AUGAUUGGUGUAAGCCGAGCUGGGGGCGGGACCGAGCGACUCCCUUCCUCACGGGACCAGGACGAGUCUACAGUCACCUCACACACACCACAGUACCUCGGUCGUUGGUAUGAAAUCACUAAACUCCCAGCAUCCUUUGAGAGCGGGAAGUGUAUCCAGGCAAACUACGCCCUGAGGUCUGACGGAACCAUCCAGGUCCUCAACGUCGCGACAGAGUAUGAUGGGAGGAUGAUCGCGAUCGAAGGCACAGCUGCAGUGAGAGAUCCGUCUGAAGCCUCCAAACUGACCGUCAGCUUCUCUCCCUUCACGCCCCCGGGCUCUUACUGGGUGCUGUCCACAGACUAUGACAGUUUGUGUCCGUGGUUCUACUCUUGCACCGACAUCCUUCGUCUCGCUCACUUUGAGUUCGCUUGGAUCCUGUCCCGGACCGAGACCAUCAGCAACGAGACCCGGUCCAGGGCUGAGCAGGUCCUGGUCCAGGCCCAGGUCAAGAUGAAGGAGUUGGUUUGUCUGAGCGUCCCCCCUGCUGUGUGUCUUCUGCUCCUUCAGCGCUCUUUCCUGCCCUAUGACGAGGCCCCGGCCGUGCCCUACUGGCCCUACUCCACCUCGGACUUCUGGAACUACGUGGAAUACUUCAAGUCCAUCGGAGCCUACGACCGGAUCAACGAGAUGGCGAGGGCCUUCUUCGCUCACCAGCACCUGGGGGACACGCUGGGCUACAGAGACCAACGAGGGCCACGAGCACUGAGGACACACACCCCGAGAUAUUCACACACACCCCGAGGACACACACACACCCUGAGGACACACACCCUGAGGACACACACACACCCCGAGGACACACACGGCCCUGAGGACACACACACACCCCGAGGACACACACACACCCUGAGGUAA